AUGGCUGCCAAAGCCCCCGUAGAUGAGCUCAAGACGCUCAGUGUCAAAGAAUCUGACGGGGUUACCGGCGCCGCCGGUGCUAACGGCACCGCGAACAGCGGUGCUGCAGAAGACUCUGGCGAAGAAUCGGGCGAUGAUCCUGACGACCGUGUCGCUGCAGCCAUUGCUGCCGCCGGUGAAGGUGCUGCCAAGAAAAGGAAGAACAAGAAGAAGAAACCCAAGAAGAAGAAAAAGGUUCCGACUGUCCAGACAGAUCCUCCUUCAGUCCUCAUAUCCCAAUUAUUUCCAAACAACAACUACCCUAAGGGCGAAGAGGUCGAGUAUAAGGAUGACAAUCGGCAUCGCACUACCAACGAAGAGAAGCGCUAUCUGGAUAACAUGAACAGCGACUUCCUCUCUGAUUACCGACAGGCAGCUGAGACGCAUCGUCAGGUCCGCCAGUGGGCCCAAAAAAACAUCAAGCCAGGUCAGACGCUCACUGAGAUUGCCAAUGGUAUUGAGGAUAGUGUACGUCGUCUGGUCGGACACGAUGGCUUAUCCGAAGGCGAUGCUAUGAUUGCCGGCAUGGGUUUCCCGACUGGCUUGAACCUUGACGAAAUUGCUGCCCACUACAGCCCAAAUGCAGGUUGCAAGACUGUGCUUCAGCAGACCAAUGUCAUGAAGGUUGACAUCGGCGUCCAUGUGAAUGGUCGUAUUGUCGACAGCGCCUUCACGAUGGCAUUCGAUCCGAUGUAUGACAACCUCCUCGAAGCCGUGAAGGAUGCGACAAAUACUGGUGUCCGCGAGGCAGGAAUUGAUGUUCGUCUCGGCGAGCUAGGUGGGUACAUCCAGGAAACUAUGGAAAGCUACGAAUGCGAGAUCAAUGGAACUACCUACCCAAUCAAGCCGAUUCGCAACCUGAACGGCCACACCAUCUUACCAUACAGCAUCCACGGCACCAAAACCGUUCCUGCUGUGAAGACAAGCGACCCUACCAAAAUGGAAGAAGGCGAUGUCUUUGCUAUUGAGACCUUCGGCAGCACUGGUAAUGGACGGUGUUACGAUCAGGGUGAAAUCUCGCAUUACGCCCUAUGCAGUGACGCGCCAAAGGCGGACCUACGUCUGUCUUCGGCCAAAUCGCUGUUAAAUACUAUUAAGAAGAAUUUUGGGACUCUUCCCUUCUGCCGACGCUAUUUGGACAGGAUUGGACAGGAGAAAUAUCUAUUCGGCCUAAACACCCUCGUUAAAUCCGGCAUUGUUGAAGACUACCCGCCUUUGGUUGACAAGAAAGGGUCAUACACAGCCCAAUUUGAACAUACGAUCUUGCUCCGACCCACCGUGAAGGAAGUUAUUAGCCGUGGAGACGACUACUGA